AUGGAUUCUGAUAAAGAAUUAGAACUACCAGUGGAUAGAAAAACUAAGAAAGGGAAAGUUCAGGAAAGAAUCACAAGGAAAAAACAAUCUUUACAGACAAGAAGUGCUAGAAAAAAGCAAACUGAAGACAAUAUACCUGUUGAUAGAAUAGAAAGAGAAGAAGCCCUAGACCAAAAUUCACAGAAAGGUAUCUCCUUUUAUUUUAUUUUUUUAAUAGUUGUGCCUGAUGUAGAAAAACAAACUACAUUAACGGAAGCAUUACGGGAUAGAGUAAGAGGGAAAUUGAAAACAGUCAAGGCUAUACAAGAAGAAUUUUCUGACAAACAGUAUUCUCAUACUACCGGAUUCCAAAACAACUUUGAAAAUGAACUCCCCUUAGAUGAGGGCUUUGAUUUUUUUACAUCAACUUUUGAAGACCACUCAAAGAUGAAAGAUACUGAUCAAAAUGCUGAACAGAAAUCAAUAAAUGACAGUCUUCAGAAUGUCUGUGAAUUAAAUGAACAAGCUCCAUUGCUUGACCAUGUGAGAAAAAUAUUAUUGCCAGAAUUGCUUGAAGUAAAACCUCCUGAGUGUGAUUGCAGUAACCUGGACAAGAAAAGACAAUGGGAUCAAAUUUUUGUUCCAAGUGCUUCCCCAGUUAUACACAGCUGUAAGCUACCAAACAAUAGGUUGCCACGACUCUUAGAAGAUGAAGGUUUUUAUAUUCCACAAAAGCCUUUUAUUUCUAAGAAUGCAUACCACAAAAUGGAAAAUCGUCUUCUUCAGCAAGAAGGGGGAAAAGAUUGGUUUGAAGAAAGUGGGGAAAUAAUAUCAUUACCUUCUCCAAUCAAACAAUCAAGUCAUUGUAAAGUGUAUUUUCCUGUUAAAAUUGACAUGCAAUUAAAGACAACAUACAGGAAGCUCAAAGCAUUAAUAAGUGCCACAAAACUAGCAGAAAGUAAUUUUACCAAAAAUCAGCUGAGCAGAAACACUUUAAAGGAUUACAGAUCACAAAUAAGAAAUACUAGAAUGUUAUGUGAUGCAGAAUACCAAAGAGAUAAUUCUUUAAUACAAAGUAUGCUAAAAGUAUGGAAACAGAUAAAGUCCGUACGUAGACAGCAAGGAUUUAUUAGUACCACUGUAAUGCUGCAAUUUCAAAGGCUGACAAAUAAAUCUGAACUGGAUGAGUAUGAAGCCAAAAUAUCAGAUGAUGAAAAAGUGGGUUCUUUGGAUUCAACUCACGUCUAUCAGACCUCCACAGAUCUUGGAGAGAAAAAUGAAAAUUGUUUCAUACCACAUCUUACCUUCAGAACGGAAAUAACUGCAGCAAACCUAUGCCCAUUAGAUGAACAAAAGAGAAGAGAAAACAUUAAACUGGAGAAGUACUUUAUUAAAAUAUAUUAUAACAAUAAAUUAGUCUGCUCUACUCCAGAAGCUUUUCUUCACCAGGAUUUUAAAGUAAUAUUUCAGCAAAUUUUUAGAAUUCAAGUAUUAAAUUGGCCUGAAUCUCUCCGAUUAGAGGUUUUUGAGUCCAGUAAAAAAUCAAUUUUGGCAAAAGUAUAUUUGCCUCUUCCCAAUAACUCUAUACUGAAAAGCAAAGAUAUUUUGGAUGAGGUUGAGUUUAGCUGUGAACAGCAAGUUAAACCUUCAAAUGGGGCAGUGGGAAGCAAUGUUCUUUUUGUUCUUGAUGAAAACGAAACAGAAGAACUAUGUAUUCUGACAUCAGGAAAAUUAAUGUAUUCUUUAACUUGGAGAGUUGAUGACAGGGGAAUUCCUUUAGCACCCACAUUUCAACCUGCCCAUGUUGCCUGCAACAGUGUGCCAAGGAAUAGCAGUUCAGGAAAAGGAACCGGAAUCUGGUGGCAUUCUGACAUACAGUUACUUAUUGACUGGGCAAAAGAUGCCAAUAUUGAUCCGAAUGACCCAGACUAUUCAGAUUUGUUCGAGUUAAUUAUGUAUGCAAAAUCCCAGGAGCAAAGUGAUUCAAAAUACUUUCGUCUUGAACAGCUGCAAGAAGAAUUUAACUUUGUUACUGCAGAAGAGAUUACAAAUUGUAAACGUUUCCAGCUGUUGCAGCUGAGAAGCUUAGGACAGUUAGGCUUCUACUAUUUUCAGCAAAUUCCCCUAUAUGACAGAGAGAUACCAGAUGUAGUCUUCAAGGAAUAUGGAAGCCAAUUAGAAAAGAGCAUGCUGAUGACAGAUGUGGAUCCUAUUUCUGCACAAAGGAACAGUUCUGCGAACUUUGUUAGGAUGAUGAGGAAACAAGUUACAAAACGAAUUGUGACCAUUAGACACAAAUUUAAUUUAUCAGAUAUUGUGAGUGAUUAUGAAGAAAUCAUAUCUAUGAGCCAAUUGAGUUAUGCAAUUUUCAAGCUAGUUGAACGCAAAAGACAUUUGAAACCACAAAGGAAAGAAAGGCGGAAGGUUCCAGCACAGGCAGUCUCUGAUGGAGAUGUUAAACUUCUUGUCAGAAUAUUGAGAGCAUAUAAUAUUCCUGCAAGAAAGGCACCAGGAAGCAAGAUUGCAGUUGCUCAUUCACCAUGUUAUUUACCGAAUCGUAUGUCUCGAGGCACACAUAUAUUGUCAGGAAAUUUAGCCUAUGCAGCUGAUCUUCUAAGUGAGGUGGCUGUUCACCCUUUUGUAGAAGUUACAUUUCAGAACACAGUUUAUCAGACUAGUACUGCAGAUGGCUCUCAUCCAUGUUGGAAUGAAGAACUUCAAGUUGAUUUUAUCUCUCCAGGGCAUGAUUAUACUUUUUCAGGGCUAUCUAAAAUAAAUGACAACAUAAAUAUUAACAUUUUUGAUGAAUUUGUGAUUGAAAAGCAUGAGGAUGCCUGUCCAAAAAGCUAUAGUGGCCACUCUUAUGUAAGAAAGAAUUGGCUUGGAUCAGUUAUGUUUCCUUUCUCUGCUCUCCUGGAACAAUCAAAGAUCUGUGGUACAUUUCAAGUAAAUAUGCCUCCAGUUUUGCUUGGAUAUACCUGGAGUAAGACAUAUGUGCCCCCUAAAGAAGACUGUUAUGGGCAGAACUUGAAAGAAUAUACCUUUUUAACAAUCUUUGCCACCAUUGAACCUCAGCUAUCUUCGGCUGAAAAUAAUUUAGAAUCAGACAAGUUUGCAGAUCAUGAAACGGAAACACUAUUGCAAAGGGCAUACAGUUUUAAGCAAACAUGCAAGGCAGUGUUUCCAAAGAGAAGAAUAGUUACAUCAGUUUUUAACAAUCAAGGAAGAAAUAUUUUAGUAACAAAGUAUAUUACCUCUCUGAAUCCACCACAGUUAUUACUAGAUAUGUAUCCUGAUGAUCCUAACUCAACCUCUGACCUUAUAUCACGAUUUGUAUCUUUAAUUCCUUGUAUAUCAGACACUGUGGAUGAAAAUGAUGAUGUUGAUAUUUGGAUGACAUCAGAGCAUUGCCUCAAAUUGGGUGUUGCUAAUAAAGAAGAGCAUGCAGUGCUUCUAUGUAAUUACCUUCUGUAUGUUGGGAAAAAGGCAUGGGUACUGUUGGGAACAUCCGUAUUAGAAGGCAAAGUGGCUUAUGUAACAACACAAGAAAAUGGAGAAUAUUUUCUGUGGAAUCCACUAAGUGGCCAGUGCUAUAAGCAGUUUGAUGCAUUUUGUCCCCUACAGAGUAUUGAUUGCUUAAUUAGUUGGGAAAAUGUCUGGUUCAACAUACAGCAAAACAGUUCUCCAAUGUGUGUGAGUUUUGACAUUUCAAAGGAAGGCUUUUGGAAACAAUUGCUUCCAUACAAUGUUCUGGAUUUAAAAUCACAGACUGUACAGCCAGAAGGAAUAUUUUAUGUCCCGACUGAUGAAAGUUUGGUAGAAGAGCUACAGAAUCGGUAACUAUUUUGAAAAACAAUUAAGAUUUUUCUAAAUUACGUUGUUGUUGUUGUUUUAAAAAAAAACAGGAUUGAAAAGACUUUAAAAACGAAAAUGAUGGAAUGGCGGUCGCAACACCCAACUCGGUGGCAUCGACAAUGUACCAGUGUCUUACGACAAAUUCUUCCAAAGCUAGAAUUUAGAAAUGGAAACAUAGCUAAAGAAAAAGAAGAAAACUGUUUGGAGGCAUUUCAGGAACAUUAUUGGGUUACAGGAUUUCCUAUACAGAUGCCAUAUCUAGAUAUACAGUCAAUAACUGAAGCUGUUUAUCAGACAGGAAUUCAUUCCUCAGAAGUUCCCAACACAGAAUUUGCUCUUGCAGUGUAUAUUCAUCCUUAUCCAAAUAACAUGUUAUCUGUCUGGAUCUAUAUAGUGUCUUUGGUCCGCCAUCAGUAA